UCGGGUUUACGGCGCACAACGCGUCACAUGACUGCAAUUCCCAUCAAUCCUCUUGGCGCAUGCGCACGCCGCGUCGUCUGGCAGUGGUAAACAGACGUCAGAAGGGAGUCUUCGCCUCGAGUCAAAACAAAACAAAACAAGAAAGAUCUACGAGGAAUAGCUGUUUGUCUAUCUCCAUUAACAACUGAAGGGAAGCGAUUUCGCGUUAAUUUCAACAGACGACCGAGUCAUUGAAGAGAAGCGGGUUUCUUCGACUUUUACCGGAGGGAUAUUAACUCGUAAAAACUGGAGUUGGCUAACUAGGUGGCUCUCUCAGUAGUAAACUACGCUUGCGAGUUUCGUCCCAGAGGCCGGCGAUUGAAGAAGCGGACGGGAGACAGGUUUUUGUCUUUUCGAGGAACACAUCGACCGUUGAGGGAUUCGGGAAGGCGUUAACGGGACGGAUGAGCCCGCGCGAAAAUCGUGUGUAGCUGCGUCUCGAGGAACAUGGCAGACGGUGACACGCGCCAGCACGCAGCGCGGAGGACCUUGCAAACUUGAACGACAAUAACACAGAUUUUUAUUGUAUGGUAAAAACCGUGAUGAUCGAGCACUCAUGUGAGACAUUAUCCUGGUCUUUUUUUUUAAAAUGUAACAUUUUGAUCGUUAUGAAUUAAGUUUUACGUUCGGCUUCUUUUGGCGGUUUAACAAUCUUGCUCAGCGCGUUCGAGUUGAGACGCACAAUCUCACGUUUCUGUUUUUAAUUUACCAAUUAAUAAAAUAAUUGACUUUGACAGGCAGCUUUAACAAGUAAUUCCCAUUCACUUGACUUCGUUUACAAGGAAAGUAUUCUUGCAUAGUAUAAAAAUACACUCAAGUUUACAAGAAAGAUUAGUGUACGAUUUGACGCUCUUGUGUUAAGGUUAAGGCUCUACGCUUUUUGUAGAGUUUGUAAGUUGGCCUACUUGUAUUUUUAUUGGUCUAAAAUCUAAUUGCGAAGCCAAUCAACCAUUCGCUGCUAUAAUAGGAAGCAGCGGGAGGUGGUGAUUUUAGCAAUUACAGCGCGUGUUAUGAUUGGUUUGCGAUUUCACUUACUUUAACUGCCUCAACUACAAGUUUUUCUUUUAAUUUUUCUGUAAAAGCUUGUUUAAUCAUCUAGGAAAAGCUCAUAAUCAUCCCUUGUCACUGCUCUUUUCCUGUGGUUUAUCUCAGUAGUCGCUCUUGACAAUCCAGCUGUUUUGAUGUGUAGUGAAUUUCCUUUGUUCCGGUCUACAUUAAACAAAGAGACCCCUUCUGUCCUCGUUUGCUCUAUGUAAAUCAGAAGAUUUAUGUUAGUUACUAUUAAGGAGAUUAUUUGGCCCCUUUAAUCUCCAAUCUGAGGAUUUACUGACGCUAUAUUGGUGUGUUCAGAUUAUUACGAAUGUGCUUUCAGACAGUCGCGGUUAAAUUUAGUCCGGAUAUUUUAUAUUGUAGUGUUUUUUAUUAUUAAACUAUAAAAAAAAAAUCGUUCCUAAACAAGAUUUUAGAAAUCGUACUCUUACUUUUAAUCGCCCUGUCUGCUGGUUUAUUGAAUCGUGUUUUUAAAAAAGUCGCGUCAAAACUAGAAAUCCAGCCUUCCUCUGAAAUUAUCUGGAUUGUAUCGCACAAUGGAGGACGAGAACGUACCCCCGAUUGACCCAGAUUUUGAGCCGCAGAGCAGACCCAGGUCAUGCACAUGGCCGCUGCCUAGACCCGACAUCUCUGCUGUCAAAGCUGAGGGGGGCGACGGCUCAGAGUCUGCUGCUGGAACUCCGCCCACCGAGGAAGAUAAACACGAGCAUCAGCCAAUCAUAUCCGAGCCUGAGAAAGUCGCGGUCUCGGAGGGCGGGGUUGUCACCGGAGUGGGCGGGGCCACGCCUCGAAAAGGCUCUUCCAGGCGUAAUGCCUGGGGUAAUCAGUCCUACGCAGAUCUGAUCAGCCAGGCGAUUGAAAACUCGCCAGAAAAACGACUUACUCUGGCGCAGAUCUACGAUUGGAUGGUAAAAACGGUGCCCUAUUUUAAGGACAAAGGAUAAAAAAAUAAAACAUCAAGGUGGAAGAACUCCAUUCGCCACAAUUUAUCACUCCACAACAAGUUCCUGCGAGUGCACAAUGAGUCGACUGGAAAGAGCUCUUGGUGGAUGCUCAACCCUGAGGGGGGAAAGACUGGCAAAGCCCCUCGCCGCCGCGCCGCCUCGAUGGACAACAGCAGCAAAUUGCUUAAAAGUCGCUUGCGAGCAAAGCAAACUAAAAAGCAGGCUGGAGCGGCAGGGAUCGGAGGUUCUGGAGGUGCCCUGCAGGGUGAGGGUGCUUCUGGUGCUGGCAGUGCAGACAGUCCCGGGCCUCCAGGUCAGUUCGGAAAGUGGGGAGUGAACAGCAGCAGCCCUUCCUCUCGUGGCAGCUUGGACGACCCGGACAUGUGGACGAGUUUUAGGCCACGUACAAGCUCCAAUGCCAGCACGCUGAGCGGGAGGCUUUCUCCCAUUGCCACGGGGCAGGAGGAUGACCUACCUGAGGAUGGCCUUCUUGGUGGCUAUUCCGCAGGGAAUCUUCCCCCAACACUAACUGAGACGCUAAUGGAAGAACUGGAUUUGAUUGAUGGGCUAACUUUAAUGACUGGUCCGCAAGGUGGUGCGAGCCCAAGCACAGCUCCUCCUGCCCCACCUCAGCCUUUGCCCUCAGCGUCCACCCUGCUGCCUCGAGGGUCCAGCUUUGCUUCAUUUCGGCCGCUGCAGCCAGCAAAGACUACACAGGGAUCCACUCCGCCGGGGCCGCAGAGCUCGGUUCAACCCAGCACCAGAUCCAGCACAAGCCCAUCGAGCUUCGGAAACUCACUUUUCAGCCCCCUGCCCGGUCCUGGUCACAGUGGUUUCAGCACUCACGUGCCCUCCAGCCUCGAAGCUCUCCUGACCUCCGAUUCGCCCCCACCUAGCGAUGUUAUGAUGACUCAGAUGGAUCCUCUCAUGCCAAGCCAAGGAGGUGGUGGGCUUUUGGGGCUCGGGGGAUCUAUGUCCAGCAGCCAAGCUAAGGCAGGUCAGAUGUUGCUGAGCAAAGGCAUUGACACAAGCACGGUGGGGCAGAUGAGCCUCCGGCCUCAACCCCAACUCCAGCACUCACAGAUGGGCUUUGGAAUGAUGCACUCAGCCAUGAGCCAGGAACCGCCUCAGCUCGCAACUGUAAAGACUCAGCAUCAGGUGCCAGGUGCUGGGCUUCUGCAGCACGGACCUGUCCUGUCACCUGGAGGGAAUGGAGGCCUGCAAGGUCUAGGCCAGUUUACAACACCACCUUGCUUCAUGCCCUCCCAGGACCGUCUGCCUACAGACUUGGAUAUCGACAUGUUCACUGAAAACCUGGACUGUGAUGUGGAAUAUAUAAUCAACAGUGAUCUUAUGGAUGGAGACCUGGUUGACUUCAAUUUUGACCCCAUCAUUCAGGGUGGACAGGGCUAUACUGGGCCAGCAACCACACAGAGCUCCUCCCACAACUGGGUGCCCAGCUAACUCCAUUAUUAAAGAUGAGAACAGGAUUGUCCCCCAUUCUUAAAACAACUUUGAAAACACAUGUGGCAUAUUGGCUGAACAUAUUCUCAAGUUUUUGCCUCUGCAUUUGCCAUUGUACCUCAAAUACAUAAACUGCUUUGGCUAAAGACUACACGUGCUUGGCCAAGAAGUCUCAUGUCAGAAUUUUCAAUUACAUGACGAAAUCAAACCUCAUACAUGUCAAGUGCCAAUGUCAACUUAAGAGUGUGCUGUUGGACACAGAGAACAUGGACUUGAAACAUAUUUUUUUUUUCUCUUCUUGUGUCUUAUAUGUGCAACAUUGUAGUUUUUUUUGAAAGUUGCCAGGGUUUUUUGGCCAAUCUUGGACUAAAGCACACCGUUUAAACAGCUAAUCUUGUUUAUUACAUUAAUGCCUAUGAUGCGUAGUGUAAGAUGGAGAUGGUACUCCUCCUUGAUUUUUUUCCCCAUUAUAAUGGAACUCAUUCGGCCAGGAGGAUCAAACUCUUCAGCUUUUCUUGAUGUGAACUUUUGUUUGUUGAAAAGCAGUGGAAAAGUCUGAUUUGAUUGAUGGAGUGACUUCCACAGCUGACCUGACAUUACUGUUGCUCUCAGACUCCUCUGAGCAUGAAAACAACAUGGCAACACAGGAAUGUUAAGUUCAGAACAACACUGAGUGGCGACGGUUUCACUGACCACAGCUGAACUGUUAAGGUGUGCUCUCUCUCUCAUCGGAAUGAAGCAUCAAAUUUUCAAGGUGGUUUGGUGACGCUGUGGUGUUCAAUGUGCAGUUAGUUUGGCUUUUAUGACCUCUUCCCUCACGAAGGUGUUUUCUUGUGAUGUGCUGAAGAGGCUGAUAACUAAAUGAUGAUUUAACUGUCUGCUCUAAAGUGUUUGUUAGUGAUAACAGUAUGAAGAAAUGUGAUUUUCCACAGGGCAUUUUCAUGCAUUUUUAAUCCUGCCAACAAGUUAAAUGAUAUAGUGUUAUUGUUGGAAACUUUGAGCCCUUUUGCAGAAUGCAAUAUCUGAAGAUCUUUUUGUGUGUGUGCAGGAGGGUGUGUGUGUACAUUUGUGUGCGUUCAAAUAUGUUUAAUGCUCCCGAAACUUGAUUCCAACACACUGACAACAGAAUUCAAGGUUACGCUGAAUCAUUUCAUUUAAGCGCAGAAGAAAGUUUGUUUUCUGAGUUAUACAUGAGUUUGAAGCGAAUCUUGAAGAAACAUGGCUACAGUAAUGAGAUGUUAUGGUUCCUCUGGCAUGUUUGACUGUGUCCACAGAUGCAACAAUUUUCUCAUUGUUCAGUUUUUCAUAAACAGCACUACUUAUAUUUUAUAAAGAAAUUGUUAUUAAAGAACAAAAACAGUUGGAUAUAUCGACUAUAAUUCUAAUUUAGAUUGGGGCGUUAUCAUUAACAGACUAAUAAGAAAACAUGCUGUUAAUGAGUGAGCUUUUUUAAAAAUCUGAGCAGAAGCUAUUUCAGAUCAUUUUUAACGGUCAUUUUCUAUGUAAUCUUUUAUUUUUGUAAAAGAUGAAAUGCUUAUAAAUUUUAUAUAAUAACCAAAGGAACACUAAGAACUGCAUGUUGGAGGUAUGCAUUGCAGUGUGGAUAAACUUGACAAAACCUUUCCGAAAAAUCAGUGUAAACUAAAUCCUAAUUUGAUUAAUUUGACUGGUUGCAUGAGUACAUGUAAGAGAAUACAGUUUAAAUUUGCUAUAAUUGUUUGUGCUAAAUAGAAAAAAAAUUCUAAAUGCU